AUGGCGAGUGACAUUCAGCACGAGUCUCGUGUCGUAUCAGUUGGUUUCUUUUUGCAGCUCGCUCAGUCGGUGAACGAUGGCCUUCUCAAGUCUUGCUUCGACAACUUGAUGAAAGUACAAAGUGACUCCGUUCAAUUGCAACUAUACCUGAGUUUGACUCCCACAGUGGCAAAUGCUCCAGAGGUUGCAUACUUCACGGAACGUUUUCUACGCAACGAGAAAAAUAUACGUGUUGUACAUGUGAAGGAUGAAGGCUAUGACAUUGGUGCUUUUCUUAAGCAGUUGCAUCGUUUUCGUCAUGAGCUUCAAGUGCAUCAAUACAUACUCAAGGUUCACAGCAAAUCGGAUCCAAUAUGGCUUGAGAGAGCUGUUGAAAGCCUGUGCGGUAGCGAACACCAAGUAAAAUCAAUUUUAAAAGCGUUUGAGACGCAGUCUACGUUGGACAUCGUCUCACCCAUGGGCUCCACGUUCAGCGCAACUACGUCCAAAGACGCAGUCUUCCCUCACCUCAAGCGGAAAUAUUUCAAUAAAGUCGACUUAGCAACCGCUUUCGACGAUAAAACAAUGCACACGAUGGAAAGGCUCUGUGCGCAACUUGGUUUGGAGGCAUGCCCAUAUUUCGAGAAGUACUUGGCUAGUAUAACUGCAGGUACAAUGUUUUGGGCGCGGAACUCGCGCUUGUACACGGAACAUCUUCCAAGGCUAUUCGAAUCCAUAAGGAAUGAGUUAUCUCAGGAUUAUUCCAAUAACAAUCGAAUAGAGCACGCCUUGGAAAGACUCAUUCCAACAUUAUCUCGAUUAAACGGACGCAUGAUAGGGGAUAUUCAACCUGCUCCAAAACCAGUGGCUCUUUAUUUUCCCCAGUAUCACUCAUUCUCGGAAAAUGAUCGCUUCUGGGGUGAAGGUUUCACCGAGUGGACGUUGCUGAACAAAACUACUUUUUUCGGUGUACAUAAGCCUUUGGACUUUGAAUCUGGUGGUCUUGGAUAUUAUAAUCUUUUAGACAAGAAGGUUCGCGCACGGCAGGCUUCUAUCGCUCGUAGCCAUGGAGUGUACGGUUUCUGCUACUAUCAUUAUUGGUUCUCUGGUGAAGGGGCUCCGCACGAUCACAAAGUCAUGUAUCAGGUUUUAGAAACCAUGCUUGAAGAUCAAGAACCGAACUUGCCUUUCAUGCUUGCUUGGGCGAAUGAGCCGUGGACGAAAACAUGGACUGGAAUGAUAAAGUCGAAGCAUGCUUUGCUCAUAGACCAGAAGUAUGGUGAAGAAGACGAAUGGCGCGAACACUUCGUGUAUCUCUUGCGUUUCUUUCAGCACCCAAACUACAUUCGUAAUAACGGGAAACCAGUAUUUGCCAUCUAUCGAACUGGGCAUCUUAAAGAGAAACUCAGGCCGAUGAUAACUCUUUGGAAACGAAUGGCGGUGGACUCUGGUCUCCCAGGGCUUCAUAUUGUAGACAGCAUCAAUCAUUUCUAUACAUCCAUGAUAGAUAAGGGUUUCGAUGUGAGCGGUGUUGUCGAUGCCAGCUAUCACUUCAUGCUAGACGAACCCGCAUCUAUGAGAAAUUUACCCUCAAUGUCUGGUUUUGAUAAAAUUCAGUAUUGGGGUAGCACGGUAAGAUUCGAUCGGCGACCGCGCUCCGGCGACUACAACUUCCCUAUUCUGCGCACUCCACAAGAGUUUGGUUCAGCCUACUCCGCGAUGAUUGCGCGUUUGUCUACGAUGCCUGGACGAGAAAUUGACGUUGGGUUUAAUUUCAUAUGUGCCUGGAACGAGUGGAAUGAGCAGGCGGUCUUGGAGCCUGAUGAGUGGUGGGGUUUCCAACGUCUUCAGGAAAUUCUUAAGGUAGUGAAUAACGUGCCAGUAAGAGCUGUGUUUUAG